UGAUUUAAUUUGUUUGCUUAGGAAGGAGGGAGUGRCAGUCAAAGUCCUUCGGCAUUKUCAAUGCUUGGACAACUCCACAACAACCAGCAGUAUCCCCGCAUGUCGAUCAGUGGGAUUAAGCAACAGGUGCAACAGACUGAAAKAAUGCUGCGGUUAAGAAAUGUUCCUCAAGAACAAAGUGAGCUUGAUCCGGUAACCCUUAGACAGCAGAUGAUCUUGUGGAGAUCAGGCUACCAAGAAUCAGCAGCAAACAUCAAUGUGUUUACUCGCCGGUCGAUCAAUAGGAUCCAGCAAUACGUGCAACAGACGGAAGGAAUGGCGCGUUUCAGAAAAGUGCCACAAGAACAAAGUGAGCUGGAUUCCGUUUCCAAUAGUCAGCAGAUGCUGUGGAGACCAAUUUGCCAGGAAUCAGCAACAAAUAUACCUGUGGAGCGAAAUCAGSAAGACAACUCGGCCAAUGAUGUUUGUGAGGAAAUCCGUGAAUGCAUUGUGGAACAGCUCGAUUAGGCAGAGCCAUUUUUGUUUUCUUAUUUUAUCUAUACGUGCCCCCCAACACAUCCCGUAAUUAUAAACUUACUGCUCCAAAUAAUUAAUGAUCCUGAGUAAAUUUAAAUCAUAAUAGACGUCUGAAGCUUUAACGUUAUACAAUAAAUACGCAUAUAAGAUUGCCACAAAAUAUGACGAAUUCUUUUGAUUUCUUUAGAAACUAAUCCCAUGAUGCAUUGCAAUUCAAAUUGGUUACGUAAAAGCUUCAGAAGUCUAACGUCAAAUUCAUAUUUAUCAAUACAGUUACUUGUUACUGUCGUAGAGCUAGGCAUUUUGGGAACUUUUAUGUCAGUUCAUGUUUUCAGUCAUUUAAAUGUACGUUUGUCAAGAGUUCCGUAUGUAAUUAAUUUGUCCACACUUUUUAUCUUUUAUGUCAUAUAAUAUUUUUUUAUCUUUUAUGCAAUGUAAUAUUUUUAAAAAUAGUUUCGUAUUAUUAGAUGCUUUACGUAUUGCACAUGACAACUAUUUAUUCACGAUUUGUAUUUUCACCCGAGUUUGCAAUCUGACUCUGAUAACCAUCUGUCUGGUGAAUGUGAAAGUUAAAUUAUUCCUUGGAGUAGUGCUUGCUUUUAUCCGAUUCUACUAAAUAUCAAUUCAUGCAUUUAACUGUUAUUUCAUACAUAGCGUCAAUGUAAUAUAAGCAACUUGUAGCUUUUUUAUUUCUGUGUUUAAUAAAGUUAUUACUAUCAUUAUUAUAUAGAUAUGAAAAUUUAUACCUGAUCGUUGAGCUCCGACACCAUCUGCAUAGAAAAGAAUGAUUUUACUAUUUCGAUGAUAGCAUUAGUAGAGGUACGCUGUUUCAAGUAAUGAAAGCGGAAAUUUUGAUAUAAAGAUGUAAUUUCGUUUUCAUUACUUGAAGCAGCGUAUACCUCUACAAAGGCUGUCAUAGAAAUAGUAAUUUCAUUGGGUUGUAAUUUUUAGGCCUGUUCAUCUUGUUUCAUGUCUCAACGUAAUUGCAGACUAUUUUAACAUUAAAACA